AUGCUUCUUCUUUGUCUUCUUCUUGUUCUGACCUCACUCUUUCUCUUCUUUCUUCUUUUAAAAACAACGAAAACUGUAAACAGAUUAUACGUCCGUGGCGUCAUUUUGGGGUACAAAAGAGCGCGAACGAACCAAUACGAAAACACCUCUCUGAUCAAGUUGGAAAACGUUCCGGACAAAUCCUCCACCUCGUUUUACUUGGGGAAGAAAUUGUGCUACGUGUACAAGGCGCACACGAAGAAACAAGGGACGGUGUACAGAACCAUGUGGGGUAAGGUGACGAGAGCACACGGGACGUCUGGGGUUGUUCGCGCGCAGUUCAAGCACAACUUGCCGCCGACAAGCAUCGGGGGUAAGAUCAGAUGCAUGUUGUAUCCGAGCAACAUCUAA